UUCCCACUUUGGCUCCGUGAAGUUUCAGUGACGGGGGCAUCACUGCAGCGCACUGAAGGAAAGGAAAGAACAGAAGGGAAAAGAAGGGAGAGAGGUGCGCCAUCCAUCCAUCUAUCCAUCCACUGAAUGUUCCCGCAGGACUUUAUUAACGUACGGCUGCAUGAGAGGCUUUGAGUUCUCGCGCUUUCUCUCUCCGGGACUGUUGGGUUACUGGUUCUGUCCUGAUAUCAAGCAGUUGUCAUAAUAAUAUAACCGAAUUCUUCGCGUCAGGACGGGCGCAGGUGGUCAUGGAUACACCUAUCAGAUGGAAAGUAAAGCGGAGGUUUAAGGAGGUGCGGCUCUCGGUAUUCCUUGUAUUCCUGAUGUUUGUCACCUCACGAGUCAGCGCAGCUGAGCCAGCCGAUCUCCUAAAGAUUUUAGAUUUUCACAGUUUGCCGGAGGGUGUAUCGAAAACUACAGGCUUCUGCACACACCGGAAGUCAUCGAAAGGGCCUGAUGUCGCCUACAGAGUCACAAAAGAUGCACAGCUUAGCACUCCAACUAAACAACUCUAUCCCUCAUCCAUGUUUCCUGAGGACUUUUCCAUCUUGGCGACGGUGAAGCCAAAGAAAGGCAGUCAGUCCUUCCUGCUGUCGGUGUAUAACGAACAGGGCAUCCAGCAGCUCGGUCUGGAGGUGGGACGCUCUCCUGUCUUCCUGUAUGAGGAUCACCUGGGCAAACCCGGCCCGGAGGACUACCCGCUCUUCAGAGGGGUCAACUUGGCAGACGGAAAGUGGCACCGUGUGGCGAUCAGCGUUCACAAACAGAGCAUCACUCUGGUUUUGGACUGUAAGAAAAAGGUGACACGGACGCUAUCCAGAAGCCCUCACCCCAUCAUCGACACCAAAGGCAUCGUGGUCUUCGGGACACGUAUCCUGGAUGAGGAGGUGUUUGAGGGUGACAUCCAGCAGCUGAUGAUUGUAUCGGACCAUCGUGCUGCGUUUGACUACUGUGAGCACUACAGCCCUGACUGUGAGGUUCCUGCACCCGAACAGCACCAAAACCAAGACCCAAACACUGAUGACUCUAAAACAGAGGAUGAUAACUACUAUUACGAGUAUCCAUACUAUGAGGACAUGGAAUCAGAAACGACUGGAACUGAAACUGAAGACCUAACGGUGUCUGUUCCGGAUAGCGGUCGUGUGGUUUCGUCAGUUAUCACUAGUGGAACAGGAGGCUCCAGCAGUUCUGCGAGUAGCUCCUCGUCAUCCUCCUCUUCAUCUUCUUCAUCAUCCAGCUCUACCACGACUACUGGCGAGGAUCCGUAUGAUGGCUACGACGGAUACGAGACUGGAUACGAAACAUACUAUGACGAGACGACCUCACGGCCUGAUGGUUCCCGGACCAUCACCAUCACUAGCACAGGCACAGGUGCCGGCGGAGAAGCGGAUAUCGGACUGGGUGGUGAGGUGGAUAUUGGACUGGGAGACCUGGACAGGCGGAUCAUUACAUCAUCAUCAUCAUCAUCAGGAGGAGGAGGAGGAAGUGUAAGAGUACACACAACCACCACAGUCAUUCACAAUGGAACCUCUGGCUCCGGCACUGGCUCUAGCACCAGAAUUAUUACUAGCUCCAGCUCCGGCUCCAGUUCCAGCUCCAGCUCCAGCUCUGGCGUUAAUACUGGCUCCAGCUCCAGCUCUGGAGUCAGUACUGGCUCUAGCUCCAGCUCUACCUCGGUUGAUGGUGGUUAUGAUGAUAACCUGUACGGUGAGAAUCUCUAUGGAGAGGGAUAUGGAGAAGGAUACGGAGAGGGAGAGUAUAAUGUGGAAGGAGGCGGCGGCAGCACCAGCACUUCAGUGUCCGGAGGGGGCGGAUCUGUUUCUGUUGGGGGCGGAUCUGUUUCUGUAGGAGGCGGAUCUGUUUCUGUUGGGGGCGGAUCUGUUUCUGUAGGGGGCGGAUCUGUUUCGUCGACUGGCUCAGCUGGGGGCGGAUCCAGCAGCGCUGGGGCCAGCGUGGGGGCGGGGACUGUUGCCACGGGAGGACACGGGGGAAUCGGUGGAGAGACAGACUCCAUCGAUAUCGACGACUUCAAGGAGUCCAUCACGGAUUACACUGAUGAAGACCUGGAAAAGAUUUAUGAUUAUGACAACCUGUACCCCGAAGGCGACAAAGCGCUGCCCGCCGAGACCGACGAGAUCUACGGACAGGUGGAUGGACUGAGAGGAGAGAAAGGGCAAAAAGGAGAGCCUGCGAUCAUUGAACCCGGAAUGCUGGUUGAAGGCCCACCUGGUCCAGAGGGUCCAACUGGUCUCCCCGGUCCUCCAGGUUCAUCGGGAUCCCCAGGUAGCCCCGGAGAGUCCGGUGAGAGGGGUCCUCAUGGUCGCCCUGGUCUGCCUGGAGCUGAUGGUCUUCCAGGACCUCCAGGGACUGUCCUGAUGUUGCCUUUCCGCAUGAGUACAGGAGGGGACAGCGGACACAAAGGCCCUGCAGUUUCUGCCCAAGAGGCUCAGAUGCAAGCCAUCAUGCAGCAGGCCAGGCUGGCGAUGAGGGGUCCUACCGGACCGAUGGGUUUGACAGGCCGUCCUGGUCCUCUGGGGCCUCCUGGUGUGCCUGGACUGAAAGGAGAGUCUGGAGAAUCAGGACCUCAGGGUCCUCGUGGUCCACUGGGAUCCCAUGGCCCUCCUGGAAAGCCUGGUAGAAGGGGUCGACCCGGCUCAGAUGGAGCCAGAGGGAUGCCUGGACAGACGGGAACAAAGGGUGACCGAGGAUUCGAUGGGCUCGCUGGUUUGCCUGGAGAAAAGGGUCACAGGGGUGAGACAGGUCCUCAGGGGCCUCCUGGGCCUUCAGGAGAGGAUGGAGAAAGAGGUGAUGAUGGUGAGGUCGGACCCAGAGGUCUGCCCGGAGAAUCGGGUCCUCGUGGUUUGUUGGGCCCCAAAGGUCCCCAAGGGCCUCCAGGACCUCCCGGUGUGACUGGUAUGGACGGACAUCCUGGACCUAAAGGAAACAUUGGUCCUCAGGGUGAGCCAGGACCACCAGGACAACAAGGCAACCCCGGAGCUCAGGGACUUCCAGGUCCUCAGGGAGCGAUCGGACCUCCAGGAGAGAAGGGUCCCACUGGAAAACCAGGCUUAUCAGGAGUACCAGGAGCCGACGGACCUCCGGGCCACCCAGGAAAAGAAGGACCAUCUGGAGAGAAAGGAAACUUGGGACCUCCUGGUCCUCAGGGGCCCAUCGGAUAUCCAGGCCCUCGAGGUGUAAAGGGUGCUGACGGAGUCCGUGGGCUAAAAGGAAACAAGGGUGAAAAGGGAGAAGACGGAUUUCCGGGAUUUAAGGGAGAUAUGGGCAUCAAGGGCGACAGGGGGACAGCAGGGAAGCCGGGACCCCGAGGACAGAGAGGACCUACGGGACCCCGUGGUGAAAGAGGCCCGAGGGGACCCACUGGGAAAGCAGGACCAAAGGGCAACUCAGGAAGCGACGGCCCCCCAGGACCACCCGGUGAACGGGGUCCGUUAGGUGCAGCGGGACCUACUGGAUUUCCUGGCCCUAAGGGUCCACCGGGUCCUGCCGGAAAGGACGGGCUGCCCGGACACCCUGGCCAGAGAGGAGAGACUGGUUUCCAAGGUAAAACCGGACCUCCCGGACCCCCAGGUGUAGUCGGACCUCAGGGACCAACAGGUGAGACAGGACCAAUGGGAGAGCGAGGCCACCCUGGACCCCCAGGACCACCCGGUGAACAGGGUCUACCCGGAGCUGCUGGGAAAGAGGGAGCAAAGGGAGAUCCAGGUCCUGCAGGACCCACAGGUAAAGAUGGACCUCCAGGACUCAGAGGGUUCCCAGGCGAGAGAGGCUUACCAGGACCUGUGGGAUCAGCAGGUUUGAAAGGGAAUGAAGGACCUCCAGGGCCACCUGGACCCGCUGGCUCUCCUGGUGAGCGUGGUGCUGCUGGCCCAGCUGGACCUACUGGCCUCCCGGGCCGACCCGGACCUCAAGGACCCCCGGGCCCCGCUGGAGAGAAAGGUGGACCUGGUGAGAAAGGACCUCAAGGCCCAGCUGGUAGAGAUGGUAUUCAGGGACCUGUGGGACUUCCUGGCCCGGCCGGACCCAUCGGAUCCCCGGGAGAGGAUGGUGAUAAGGGUGAGCUUGGAGAGCCGGGACAGAAGGGAAGCAAAGGUGACAAGGGCGAGCAGGGUCCUCCAGGUCCUGUCGGUAGCCAAGGUCCUCCGGGUCAGCCGGGUCCAGCUGGAGCUGAUGGAGAGCCAGGUCCCAGAGGUCAGCAGGGUCUGUUUGGACAGAAGGGAGAUGAGGGUGCACGAGGCUUCCCAGGACCACCCGGACCCGUCGGCCUUCAGGGUUUGCCUGGACCCCCCGGUGAGAAGGGAGAGACUGGUGACGUCGGGCAGAUGGGUCCACCAGGCCCUCCUGGCCCCAGAGGCCCCUCCGGACCCCCAGGAGCCGAUGGACCACAGGGACCUCCAGGAGGAAUUGGCAACCCAGGAGCCGUGGGAGAAAAGGGAGAUGCCGGUGAACCAGGAGAACCAGGUCCGCAAGGAGACGUCGGCCCUUCAGGUCCAAGGGGAGAGCGAGGUGAAAAGGGAGAAGCCGGACCCGCUGGUUCUGCUGGUCCCCCCGGACCAAAAGGACCACCGGGAGACGAUGGUCCCAAAGGAAGUCCUGGUCCAAGUGGUUUCCCUGGUGAUCCUGGUCCUCCUGGAGAGCCUGGUCCACAUGGUGUGGAUGGUGCUUCUGGAGAUAAGGGUGAUGAUGGAGAGCCUGGUCAGCCGGGAUCCCCUGGACCUACUGGUGAAACUGGCCCCACUGGUCCUCCAGGAAAGAGAGGACCUCCUGGACCUGCUGGACCUGAAGGAAGACAGGGGGAGAAGGGUGCUAAGGGUGAAUCUGGUCUCCUGGGUCCACCUGGUAAGACAGGUCCAGUUGGUCCUCAGGGAAGCCCUGGAAAACCUGGGUCUGAGGGUCUGAGAGGGAUGCCUGGACCAGUGGGAGAACAAGGACUGCCCGGUGCUCCUGGACCCGAUGGACCUCCUGGACCGAUGGGUCCUCCUGGACUGCCUGGACUGAAGGGAGAAUAUGGUAUUAAAGGGGAAAAGGGUCAUCCUGGUCUCAUUGGACUCAUCGGACCUCCAGGAGAACAGGGAGAGAAGGGAGACAGAGGGCUGCCGGGUCCACAGGGAACUGCAGGACUUAAAGGAGACACUGGUAUUUCAGGACCCGCUGGACCUAUUGGACCCAUUGGACCUCCUGGUCUCCCGGGUCCUCCUGGUCCUAAAGGUGCUAAAGGAUCAUCUGGUCAGACUGGGCCAAAGGGAGAAGCUGGACAGCCGGGAGUUCCUGGACCUCCAGGUCCACCUGGUGAUGUCAUCCACCCUCUGCCUAUCCAUUCCAGCCCCAAACGGGCAAAGAGGAACAUUGAUGCCAGCCAGAUGAUGGAUGACGCUGCAGACGCCAACUACAAAGACUAUGAGGAUGGCAUGGAGGAGAUCUUCGGCUCUCUGAACUCUCUCAAACUGGAGAUUGAACAGAUGAAAAACCCACUGGGCACACAGAGUAACCCCGCCCGCACCUGCAAAGACCUGCAGCUGUGCCACCCAGAUUUCCCAGAUGGUGAAUACUGGAUUGAUCCGAACCAGGGCUGCUCCAGAGACUCUUUCAAAGUGUACUGUAACUUCACAGCAGGUGGAGAGAGCUGCAUCUUCCCCGAUAAAAAGAGUGAAGGGGCCAGACUCACCUCUUGGGUGAAGGAGACUCCAGGGUCGUGGUUCAGUGAAUACAAACGUGGUAAACUGCUCUCAUACGCGGAUGCAGAGGGCAAUCCGAUUGGAGUGGUCCAGAUGACAUUCCUACGUUUACUCAGCGCCACGGCUCGGCAGAACCUGACUUACAACUGUUACCAGUCGGUGGUUUGGCACGACCAGGAACUGGACUCUUACGAUAAAGCCGUCCGCUUCCUGGGCUCCAAUGAUGAGGAGAUGUCUUACGAUAACAACCCGUACAUCAGAGCCGCUGUCGACGGAUGUGCGUUGAAAAAGGGCUAUGAAAAGACUAUUCUUGAGAUCAACACACCAAAAGUGGAGCAGGUACCAUUUGUUGACAUUAUGUUCAACGAUUUCGGCGGAGCGGCGCAGAAGUUCGGCUUUGAGGUCGGACCGGCCUGCUUCAUCGGCUAAGACUGCUCAGCGAGCACACGCGAACAAAACAUAUUCAUUUUCUCCGAAAACAAAACACAAGAAAGAAAUAGGACGACUUAUUUGUAAAGUUCUGUGUUUCCAAACAAACCCAACAGAUACCAAAGUAAGGAUAAAAGAAUUUUGAAGAAAGAAUGGAUGUCUAAGCGAUGGGUUCUUAUAACAGAGCAACCUUUUUAACCUCAGUGUACCCUCUGCAUCACAUGCAAGUUUUGAAACUGGAUGAGGUCAUCACUCAUGUCUCUCCAAGCCCCGCCCACUUUACACUCAUCCGACUCUUCAUCCCUCUCACAGGCUGUAUAGACAGAUUAGAUCCAUCCUUUUAUUUCCCGCCUUUUCAUGGACUCGUAGCUCUAUGCACGUCUGGUUCGGCAUUUCUCGUAUGAGAAAUCUUUUCCGUUGGUUUGUUUACUUGGGUUUUAUGUUGUUUUCCCACUUCUAAGCAUUGUUUUUUUGUGCAUACUUGUCUUCCAUUGCCUGGAAUGGUGAUUAUAUAUAUAAAUAUAUAUAAAUAUUUUUUUU